UUUUGUAUGCAUCUACCUAAUACCUAAAGCAGGUUUGCAGAUUAUGCAGAUGUUUCAUUUACACGAUGCCACGUGAUAACGAACACGGCGUGGGUGUCAUAAGACUAUUGAAAAAAUGUUGACAGUCGAGUGUAUAUCGGCUGAUCAUUUAACAAGGAUCCUUCCUUCCGAUAAGAUACUAGUUAGACACGUUUCGGCGACAUGUCGAAAUCGCACGAAAGAAAAGUGAAAAGCUUGAACGAUAUUCCUAAAAUAUUCAAAUCUUGCGAGCAAUUCAGGCUGGAAAUUCCUUUCAAAAAUGUGGUCGAGCAAUUUGGAAAAUUGAACGAGACGAAUCGGAACAUCUAUCUGUCGUAUCAAAUCAUUCCGGCACCUAAAAAUCUGAAGAAUAGUGGUUCCUCCAAUGUGUCGGAUUUUCACAGAGUUCCUAUCAACAGUGAGAAAGAUAGCGAUACUGAAAAAGAGUUGAAAGAAUGCGACGAACAAUUAGAAAACUGCACCGAGAUCAAUCCUCUCGGUGAUGCUAAUGUUUCACGUGAGUUUUCUGAAGAAAGAAAUUUUACACGAAUUUUGAGAAAAAGUUUGAAAAGAAACCAAAAACAAAUUGUGUGGACUAUUGAUACUUUCCUCUCACUUUUCAUAAUCGCCCCAGUAAGCAUCGCUUUUUGGCAUUCAACGUGGACGUACAUAAAUGACUAUACAAACAUGUUCCAUGGAUUGAUUGCUUUCAUUUUUGGUAUUCUGAUACACACAUGCUUCGCACUAGCGAAGGAUUCACUUCACGUUCGCGCAACCAAUGCAAUGAGAAAGAAAAGUCUUUUGAGCAAAAUCUUCUGCAAGAUCGCACAAAUAUCGUACACGUACGUCUUUAGUCUUGCUUGCAACACACACUGGUGGGGCGGCUUUAUCAUUUACGACUAUUUCUUCUCCGAUAUUUGGAUUAUCGUAGCCGCAACCGUAACGAUAAUGACUAUUCUAAUAAUCCUGCGGGCUAUCCGAAACCUGUUAGCAGUCCCUUUUAUAAUCACCGUGGACAAGCUCGCCUACGCUUUUCGCUUUCCAACAAGGUACAGACUGAUCGAUUAG